GCUACUCGGAGGAAAAGUAGAUAGAUAUAGUCAAGUGUGACCCACAGCAAAGUUUUUCGGGGUUUUUGGGGAACCAAGCCUCCUGGCUUUGGUCGGGGCCAAUUUCACGAUCGGAAUUUCGAUUAACUCUCUAUCUCCUUGUCGCUUUGGCUUCCCGGAAUGGACCAGAAAAGUGAUGCUACAAAGAAGCUGAAUUAGCAUUAAAUGUUAAUCAAUUGGAAGGAAGGUGGUGUUGGUCUGUCUCUCUGGAUGUUGGAAAUUGAAUACCCGAAAAAAACUCUUUCGAGCGAGAAACUACGACAAGGGUGGCAAGUUGGUUAAAAUAAAACUAAAACUAUUUGCGAAAAGGGAUUUUCGCUUGGAUUAAAAGAGGUUCGUAUUUUGCUUAAGCCUGAAGACUAUCAUACCACAUUCAAGGGGAAGGACGUCAAGCUGAGAAAUCUUUUUGCCAUCGUCGUCUCACAGAUCAUAAAAUCGAAAGAUCUGAAUAGUAGUUUUUCAUCCAGCUCCCCUUCUAUGAGAUGUGAUAUGUUGUGAAUGACAGCUCCAAGGAAAAUCCCACGGCGAGGGAUCUCAUAAAAAAGGUGAAAACCCUCAAUCAUCAGACUACAAGAAGAACGAAAACCGAUAUCCAGAAAUCAAAGAAAAAAUGAACGACUGCCGAAUCCUAGUGGACGUCGAUUGCAGCCGCUUCGAGGACGAUGCCUUCUCGCUGCUGGACAAAUCGGCCGACAUUAACAUCGUCGAGGGACUGAAGUCUUCUACUGUAACUGCAAUCGAUAAGACCAGCUUUCCGCAUCUGAACACCUCGUCCCGAACUCAGCUUAAACAGCAACUGCUCCGGGAGCAGCUCAAAAGCUACGAUGAGCACCAGGACCGGAGCCCCAUUGCGUCGCCGUCGGUGUUUUCCGUUAAACUUCCGCUGGAAAACAUGGACAUCGAUCUGCCGAAGAAGGUCUUGCAGGUGGAAACCCGCCUGGAGAACCCUACCCGUUACCACGUGAUCCAGAAGCAGAAGACGCAGGUUCGCGAGUACGUUACGGCUGCGUUGAAGUUGACCAAGCAAACGAUUCUUCGCGAAGCAAGCCACUCCCGGAUGCUGAUCCUGGCCAAGCUGUAUGACGCCUUUAUCAACGCGAAGCCGGCUGCGGCCACCGGAAGUUCCGGUCCGGCAGGAUCCAAAGCUGGACAACCAUCGAUGAUGGUGACGUCUCCAUCCCCUUUGAAUUCCCCUGAACAGCAACAGGAGUGGCGUCUGGAGAUGAAACUGUCGGCUCGUUUCGGCAAUCGGAUUUACAAAUCAUUCAUUGAUGAGUUCGACUACAUUCGGGAUUUGCUCGGGCUAAUUCGGUUCGAGAUCCCGAAGUGGGUGUUUGUCGUUUCGGAGUUCGAGAGCGAGAUAAGUUCGUUUCAGAGUGCCAAGAAUCAUCACCAUCAUCAGCAGCAUCACCAGCCGCUGUAUCUGUCUCCGGGUGGACCGGCAGCCGUUGAGGAACUGCUGCUGAAGCAAUCGCUGAGUGGGGAGAAAAAUUCUAAACACGAGAAGUUCAUCGAGGCCGAGGUGCGAGAUCGGAUCAAGAAGGACAAUCACAAUUGUAAUGACUGGAACCUCAUACUUGAUCAUUAUCGUCCGAUGGUCGACGCGCUUCUGGGAACACCCGUGGCUUUUACAUAAUUUGCAGAGCUUGAACCAGUGGAGGCAACUAAACACAACGAGGAACACAGCAUUGAAACGGCCAGAAUUUAUCGAAAAACAUCACCUUCACAUGUUAGGAAAAACGGAUGUCCAUGAUGUUGCGGAGGGGUUUUUGUCAUCAACAAUCAAGGACAUGUACAUAUAAAAUAUUCUAAUGUAUAAAAAAGUGUAUUAAAUCAUUGCUAAUUUUUGAAGGCUGAUGUAAAUAAUUAAAAGUUUUCAGUUCGUUCAAUAAAAUUGUAAUUUUAAUCUUAGAAACAUAUUUUUAUCUAUUAAAAAACAUAUCAAAUUUUUUUUGAUGAACUGAUUCUUACGAAAUAAAUUAAAGUAUGUUUUUAACACUUUUUUUUUUAUUAUUAAUUGUUCAGGUACCUA